AUGGAGGCGCUGACACUCGCCACAGAAGCAUGUGGGCAUGGAGAAAAACUUCGGUUGCGCGAUACGAAUGGACAGGGUGUGAGACUAAGAGCACUCAAACGCGUUCACACUAAUGCAAUGGCGUCUAUCAAUUCAGCGGUGCUGAGGCUGAGAUCGGCUGCAACGGACCAGAGACAGUUUGCAUUCCAACUGGAAUAUCUCGCUGUCAUGAUGUU